GUGUCCGCUAUCCACAACAUCUUGUGGACAUCCCAGACAAUCAAGCGCUGCUUACACCGUCUGCAGGCGAACGUUCUUUGCCUCAGCUUGCGCGCGGGAGGGUGAGUAUCGGUCGGCUUCCGCUUGGGACGCUAGACAUUUUCAUGCAUUUGAUACAUGUCUUGUAUAUCGCAGGUCACUUGUUACAGACUUGACGCUAUUGGUAUUCUCGGCAGCUGAAGUGGUCAAGUUCAUCCGCUCGCUCGUUAUCUCGAUGCCCUUGCUCGUCGUCUUCGACGUCAUACAGCUUUUGGUCGCAACUCAUAACUUUGGCGUGCUUCUUGGUAGCAGCCUUGCCACAUUUACCGGCGCGUGUGGACAUGUAUGUCUUGCUCUUCCUGGCGACUAACGGCUCCAGACUGCGCGCCAAAAUCAGCGCUACCCCCACUCCUCGUAUACACAUUCUGGUACAGCCAUUCUGCUUUCUUCUCCAGGCGCUUUCUUCGGUCAUCUAUGGCAACGUUCUGCAUGUCCGGCGCUGCUGGCGCGACUUCACCACGCUAAGCAACCUCGAACGAUUGAGCGUGACUACUAUACUUUUUGGUACAUGCCAAAUGUAAGGCCCCGGGUGCCCAUGUUACCCAUGCAUUGUAUAUGCUUUCUCCCUGCGUGCUCACCCCGCAGUGCCCCGCACCUCUCGCCUCCACAGGUUCUUCGGCUUUGGUGGCCCCUUAGCAAUCCUCUCAGCGGUGUCCCUGCUAAGCACGUGCACACUCCAUCUCCUGCUGUGGCUCAUGAGCAACGCCUUUCGAGCUGCAGCUAUGCUUGCCAAGACUUGCCCAAGGUGCCUGGCUGCUACCGACUGCCUUUGGAUCAUCCUGUGCUACACCCUCUUCUUUGGGGACCUUGCUGAGGCUGUACCCACCCAGAAGCCCACGCCUUCCCAGCCGGACUCUACAAACAUUAUGAUCGCCAUCACGGAACACUUAUGGCCAGCUCUCUUCAGCUGGGACGUCAUCUCGCCGUCCUUGUCAGCUCUUUGCCACUACUACGGAGACGCUGUCGGCGCGCCUCCCGAGAGUGUUCUCUAUUCACUGCUUGCAAUCGUGCCCAUCCUCACCUGGGGCAUGCGUGUGGCCCCUAAGAACAAGGAGUGCAUGUCUGAGGCCCUGUUUAACUUCGUGCUCAUGACGCAGCCAUCGGCGGCGGCAAGGCCUGCCGAGGAGCAAUGGCAAUGUCCGCCACUGAACACCGACCAGGAGUGCACCGCCAUUGGAUCGUUCACCAUGGAAGGCUUGAUGCGCCGUUGGCGUGACUACCCCUACCGCAACCUGUGCCUGGCUGACGAACACCGUGUCUUUCGCGAGUCCCUUGGGCUAUACAAGGCUGCUGACAAGGCGGACUACGACCUGGGCUUGCUGCUGUCGUGCUACAGCGACAUCCCCUUUAGCCGGGUGCUGUCACGUGAAACUCAGGACAUCCCACACCCCGGAAUGUCAGUGCUGGCCUACACACAGCCCUCCGAUGCUUUUAAGUUCCUGGCAAGCGACAAGUCUGCCUCUGGGCUCACUGCAAGAUUUCUUGCAAUUGCACCGCCGGUCUGCUGCAAGGGCUACGAGGAAGUCGGCACCAUCCCUGAUGAUGCAGCCCUCCUUCCCGAGACAGUUUCAGAAGAAGUGCGCACCCUGCUCCAGAACCGUGUCACUGCAAGCCAAGGGAUCGGCGGUGACCCAAAUGGUUGGGUCAAGAACACGAUCCUCUUUGAGGCUCUCCACCAUAUUCAGUGUGCGGCUUUCCAGCGGCGUCUUGAGGCCAAUGGUGUCUCGCACCUGCUCCGCCUGUCUGAGCCCGCCACUCGCAAGUUCGCCAUCAUCUUUGAUACUGCCACCACCAGAAUGAUGGAGAGCUGGCGGCGGGGCGAUGAGGCGACCUCAGCGGAUAUUGCCAAGGACCGCCCGCGACUGCUUCGUGUUGCUGGCACGCUUGCCAUCCUAGAGUACGGUCUGGAGAUGGCCUUUGGCACAUGCCCGCGGAGUGUUGUGAGCUGGGAGGUUGGGGAGGCGCAGCUUGAUGCAGCACGUGUCAUCAUCGACUACGGCUCCCUGGCUAAGGAGGUGCUCGGUAAGCUGGCACGCGGCACCCUGAACACUGCUGCCGGUUGUGACGCCAGCCCUCAAGAGCACCUCACCGACGCGGAGGAGGAAGCCAAGACAGCCUUGCGGACUGCCGAGACGGCGUUCCGCUCUCGGCUUGCGCCGUAAGUUGUGUGUCGGUGAUGAGCUGGCUAAUGCCUUUGAUGUUGCUGAUCAUGUUUCCGUGGUGCCUUUGCACGCCCUUUCAACGCUCCCUUGCCCGCCCCCCCCCCCCCCCCGUGUGCGGGCCCGCAGGGCUAUCCUUGCCGGCAGGCACGCAAAGGAGGAUGGCAACGGGCUGGCCAGGCCGGCCGUGACGUUCAAUGAUUUCCUACCUCUUUCAAGGCCUACCUCUCCACGAAGAAGGGCAUGGGGGUGACGUUCCGGCAGUUCCUCGAAUCCAUGCUGGCAUCAUCCGAGAGCUUGAGGACGCUGCUCUGUGUUGAGGCCUACACUGCACUCCAGCUCGGCAAGGAUGGCAAGAUGACUCCCCGCAACCAGAACUCGUCCAACCAGAGCUGGCGUGUUAGGCUGCGCUUCCCGAAGAGAGGCCCCAGGUGAGACGCUGCUCUGUGUUGAGGCCUACACUGCACUCCAGCUCGGCAAGGAUGGCAAGAUGACUCCCCGCAACCAGAACUCGUCCAACCAGAGCUGGCGUGUUAGGCUGCGCUUCCCGAAGAGAGGCCCCAGGUGAGACAGUGCUCUAUAGUGUAUUAAU